AUGAAUCUAUUACAACCAUUAAUGAUUGAAAAAGAAAUUCAAACUGAUGAAGAAACUAUUGAAAAUCAAUUAGUGAAUUUAAUCUAUUUGAUAUGUUUUAAUCAACGUUGGUUAAAUAAGAGAAAAAAAGUGAAUACAUUACGUGGUCUGUUGAAAUAUUACUAUUAUACAUCAAUGUUCAAUAGAUUAUCAUCAAUAUUCAUAAAAAUAUUAAAAACAUUAUUAUUACAGUCAUUUGACUUAUUAACAUCAUCUUCAUCCUCAUCAUCCUCAUCAACAUCAUCAACAUCAUCCUCAUCAUCCUCGCCAUCCUCAUCAUGCUCAUCGUCAUCCUCAUCGUCAUCGUCAUCCUCAUCGUCAUCGUCAUCGUCAUCAUCUAUAUCAAAUGAAUUACUUAUUAUUGGUGCUGGUCAAAUGAGAACUGGUACAACUAGUUUAAAAUUUGCAUUACAAUUAUUAUAUAAUCAAUCAUGUUAUCAUAUGUAUGAUGUAAUAUAUAAAUAUCAAGAAUCUCAUAUUAAAAAAUGGAUUCAUAUAUUUAAUAUGCAUCAAAAUUCUAUACAGAUUAAUAAAGCUAAUUGGAAUGAUAUAUAUAAUGAAUGUCAAUUUGCUGUAGAUUAUCCAACAUGUGUAUUUUAUAAAGAAUUAAUGAAUGUUUAUCCAAAUGCCAAGGUUAUUUUAACUAUACGUGAUGCUGAUUCAUGGGUUUCUAGUUGUCGUGCAACAACUGCAUCUGAUAUGGUUAUGACUAAACAUAUAACAUUUAUUGAAAGUAUUAUUUAUCGUUUACGUGGUUUAAAUAGUUUACCAAUAUUACAUGAUAAAAUGUAUACUAAAGUAUUUGGUCAAAAUUAUGAUCAAAUGACAAAUGAUCAAUUAAAAAAUGCUUUUCUACAAUGGAAUCAACAAAUUAUUGAUUAUGUACCAAAAGAACGUUUAUUAAUAUUUAAUCCUAAUGAUGGUUGGAAACCAUUAUGUGAUUUUUUAAAUAAACCUAUACCAAAUAAUAUACCAUUUCCACAUUUAAAUAAACGUUUAGAUUUAAGAAAUAAUUUAUUAAAAUAUCGAUUUUUAGCACAAUUUUUAAAUUUUUCAUUUAUUAUUUUAAUUUUAUGGUUUAUUCAUUAUAUUAUUAUUAUUUUAUUUUAAAUUAUAGAUUAACUACUUAUUUUUUAAUUAAGUAGUUUGAUAAAAUAUAGUCAAUUUUUUUAGAUUUGAAAGUAGUAUUUCAAUUAACAUUAUUAUUUUAUAAACAAAUUCAAUGUUUAUUCAAUAAAAGACCUUAUUAUCUAGUUUCAUUGGUUAUUAUAUUGAACUAUUAUAGAUGAUGAUUUAGCAGAUAAUGAA